CAAAUCACGUCGCUUGACUGGCGCGUGGAUUCAAAGUAACAGACUUUUCUUUUCCCUGUGUCAGUUGAUCAUCUUCUGUUGCUAAAUUUUGCUUCCGUCGAACGAAAAGUUCUGUAAUUGAAUUAUUUUAGUUUUUGACGCUCAUUUGGAUCUUUGACUAAAAAAAGAAAUUCAAUGGAAGAGUCUUACGGUAAUCUACCGACUAGUCAUUUGCUUGGCUCAGUACCUGCUGUGGUGAUUGAAGAAAAAAGUACAAGCACUACUUAUGAUGUUUCUGAAGCAAACUUGCAGACUUUUCCUCCGAAUAGUAUCGGGGGAGGAGGCAGUAGCAGCCGCGGCGGUUAUCAAACGGUUGGAACUCCGCCUGAAGGAUUUGAGCAACAAACACCAAACAGCUGGACAGGGGUAUUCAGUGUUUCAUCAUACAUGCAAUAUUUUAAUGUGGAUACAGACAUUGUUAUAAACAGAAUGAUGAGCUCAUUUUAUCCUUAUGGUGGGGAUUUUUUCAGCAAGAUUGAUGCGAAUCCUGAUCUAUACGGGCUCAUCUGGAUUUCAACUACAUUGGUUUUUUUGCUAGCCGGUGUUGGAAAUUGUGCAACCUACCUCAUCCAAAGACACAUCGAAACCAAAGCUUCCUGGAGCUUCGAUGUUGGAUAUGUAAAUGUGGCUGCCUUAUCAAUCUAUGGAUAUACUAUUUUGGUGCCUUUAGCAUACUACUUCUUGCUUCAAUAUCUUGGGGCUAAUGCAAGCCUCAUACGGUUUUGGUGCAUGUGGGGUUAUUCUCUCGUCAUUUUUGUUAUAGCCUCUUUUUUGUUGGUUGUUCCAGUUGAGGCAUUGCGGUGGAUCAUUAUACUCGCUGCUGGGAUUGAUUCAGCAUGCUUCGUUGCAGCAAACCUCAAGUCUUUUAUUGACCGCAACGAUCUUACAGUUGUGGUGGCUUCAGCAUUCUGCUUGCAACUAGUUCUGGCAAUCUUCAUCAAGGCCUGGUUUUUUGCCUAAGCCUCUUACACUUACGACGUGUAUUCAAGUACAGUAAUCCCGAGUUUUUCUGGCAGCGCUAUCUAGUUUAGUAAAGUGAAGGAAUGCGUUUAAGAAAGCAAUGCCGAGGUGUGUUUUGACAAGUAGUUUAUACUUUAUAACUGUUGUUACCAAUGGUCUUCAUCCAAUGGCUCGAAAUCCUUGGAUAUGGUUGGCUUACACUUAGCAGGCUGAGGCCACCGGGUUCUGCGAAAUCUGAUUGAGUUUGGCCGUGGCGGCUGCUGCCUUUGUUAAAAAAACUGAACUCUUUUUACCUUCAGUUUGUACGCACUUCAACUUGGAUGUGUAUAUAUUUUCAAAUGACAUGGAGUGGAGUGAUCUAUACACUUAUUUUUAACUGGAGUGAUUGAUCUGGGCAGCAAUUCCACUUCAUGGUGUAUUGGUAAGCUUUAUACUUUCUCUGUGCAUUCUAUUUGACAAUAUACUUUUAGAUGUCUCAUUUUAAUUUAUGAUUCCUAUCUAAACUUUGUUUUUUGUUUGAUAUUUUUGUUUUCUGUUUUUUA